AUGGGCCAAGAUAUCCGCUACAAACAUUUCGAAAACAUCAAAAAGUGCUUCAAGUAUGUCGACAGAGCUGUUCAAGAAUACAUCGAGUCAAUGAUCAAGCUCAAUUUCGUCGAUGAUGUCACUCAGGGACUGUACGAAACGCUGGACGAUAACAAGCGCGGGAAUCCGAGAUUGUCCGUUGGAUACACCGCUACGGACGGGAAGUACGAUACCGCUUGUUUGAAAGCAAUUCUCAACAACUGCACCGUUUUCGACGGAUGGUUCUCCUCCGACGGAAGCGGUUGGUUCCAAACCUUCCACAAAGUCGGCCAAGUUAGAAAUCAAGUCGUCGGCCACAACGCAACUCAACGAAUUGAACCGGAAGAGGCGCUCACGUACUUUUCGACGAUCCACGAUAUGUUUCCUCAACUGUAUGAGAUUUUCGGAGAACUGAAAGAUGUAGAAGGACAUGUUAAAAUGUGCCAAGAAUGCUGCGGGGAAAUCAACAAGAUUUCAUAUGCGACGAUUGACGCGAUUCUUGAAGUUUCAGAAGACCCGAAAGUCAACAAUCUCUUCUUGCUGAGCAAAGCCAUCUUGGAUGCAUUCUGCAAGUUCGCCGUGAAAAAAUUCGUCACAGAAAGCUACAUUAAAGAAAAACUAACAUCCGAAAAAUUCAUCGAGUUUCAAAAAAAGAUCUUCUUGACCCUUUUUGGAGCAUUGGCAAAGACGAAAAUUUCGAUGAAUGAAAAACUGCUAUCGACAUUCUCAAAACAUCUUGAUUCUAUUUCUGAUUGGUCAAGUAUUCUUCAACCCGUCGCGAAGUACUUGAACAUCACGAUUGGUGAUAGUCUUGAGCUCAAAACUUCGAGCGAAUCUUCUUCGAAAAAGGGUUCUGAUUCUCUCGUUGGAUGUGCUUUCUCGACAUUUCUUGAAAACGCGAAUGCUAAAGGACCGGUCAAGGCGGAUUAUGUUUAUUUGGUUCAACUUGCUCAGAAGAAAAAUGGAACAGAUACGCUUGAUUCAAAUGGAACCGCCAUUCUUGUGCCAAAAGACCAGAUUUCGUACGAAGAUUACCGAAGAACGAAAAAAAUCGUCACGCCGAAAGAUCUUCUUCCCCAGUUCGACAAUUUAAAUGGAGUUCUCCUGUCAUCUGAUGCGUUCACUCUUUCUUUUUCGACUUGA